AGGACAAAGGCGGCGCGCCGCCUGUGUCAUCCGCCAUCUUGUGAGAAGCAAGGUGGCCUCCACGUUUCCUGAGCGUCUUCUCCGCUUCUGCCUCGACCGCCCCUUGGUUACAGACAUGUCUCGGGAUCGGUUCCGAAGCCGGGGCGGUGGCGGUGGCGGCUUCCACCGGCGCGGAGGGGGCGGUGGCCGCGGCGGCCUCCACGAUUUCCGCUCCCCGCCGCCAGGCAUGGGCCUCAAUCAGAACCGCGGACCUAUGGGGCCCGGCCCGGGCCAGGGUGGUCCCAAGCCCCCGAUCCCGCCACCGCCUCCGCACCAGCAACAGCAACAGCCGCCGCCGCAGCAGCCGCCACCACAGCAGCCGCCGCCGCUUCAGCCGCCGCCGCACCAGCCGCCGCCGCAUCAGCAGCCGCCGCCGCCUCCACAGGACUCGUCCAAGCCCGUCGUUUCUCAGGGGCCCGGCCCGGCUCCCGGAGUAGGCAACGCUCCCCCGGCUUCUGGUUCGGCGCCUCCCGCCACCCCCCCGACCUCCGGUGCCCCCACGGGGUCGGGCCCCACCCCGACCCCGCCGCCCGCCGUCACUUCGGCGCCCCCCGGGGCACCUCCCCCUGCGCCGCCGAGCGGCGGUGUCCCCACCACCCCGCCUCAGGCUGGGGGCCCGCCUCCUCCACCCGCAGGGGGCCCAGGCCCCGGACCUAAGCAGGGCCCGGGACCUGGCGGCCCCAAAGGCGGCAAAAUGCCAGGCGGGCCGAAGCCCGGCGGCGGCCCGGGCCUAAGCACCCCUGGCGGCCACGCCAAACCGCCGCACCGAGGCGGUGGGGAGCCCCGCGGCGGCCGGCAGCACCACCCGCCGUACCACCAGCAGCACCACCAAGGGCCACCACCGGGCGGGCCCGGCGGCCGCAGCGAGGAAAAGAUCUCGGACUCGGAGGGUUUUAAAGCCAACUUGUCUCUCUUGAGGAGGCCUGGAGAGAAAACUUAUACCCAACGUUGUCGGUUGUUUGUUGGGAAUCUACCUGCUGAUAUCACAGAGGAUGAAUUUAAAAGACUAUUUGCUAAAUAUGGAGAACCGGGAGAAGUUUUCAUCAACAAAGGGAAAGGAUUUGGAUUUAUUAAGCUUGAAUCUAGAGCUUUGGCUGAAAUUGCUAAAGCUGAACUUGAUGAUACACCCAUGAGAGGUAGACAGCUUCGGGUUCGAUUUGCCACACAUGCUGCUGCCCUUUCUGUUCGAAAUCUUUCACCUUAUGUUUCCAAUGAACUGUUGGAAGAAGCCUUUAGCCAGUUUGGUCCUAUUGAAAGGGCUGUUGUAAUUGUGGAUGAUCGUGGAAGAUCUACCGGGAAAGGCAUUGUAGAAUUUGCUUCUAAACCAGCAGCAAGAAAAGCAUUUGAAAGAUGCAGUGAAGGUGUUUUCUUACUGACAACAACUCCUCGUCCAGUCAUUGUGGAGCCACUUGAACAGUUAGAUGACGAAGAUGGUCUUCCUGAAAAACUUGCGCAGAAGAAUCCAAUGUAUCAAAAGGAGAGAGAAACUCCUCCUCGUUUUGCCCAGCAUGGCACAUUUGAGUAUGAAUAUUCUCAGCGGUGGAAGUCCUUGGAUGAAAUGGAAAAACAGCAACGGGAACAAGUUGAAAAAAACAUGAAAGAUGCAAAAGACAAAUUGGAAAGUGAAAUGGAAGAUGCCUAUCAUGAGCACCAGGCAAAUCUUUUGCGUCAAGAUUUGAUGAGACGCCAGGAAGAAUUAAGGCGCAUGGAGGAACUUCACAAUCAAGAAAUGCAGAAACGUAAAGAAAUGCAAUUGAGGCAAGAAGAGGAACGACGUAGGAGGGAAGAAGAGAUGAUGAUCCGUCAACGUGAGAUGGAAGAACAGAUGAGACGCCAAAGAGAGGAAAGUUACAGUCGGAUGGGCUACAUGGAUCCAAGAGAAAGAGACAUGAGAAUGGGUGGUGGAGGAGCAAUGAACAUGGGAGAUCCCUAUGGUUCAGGAGGCCAGAAAUUUCCACCUCUAGGUGGUGGUGGUGGCAUAGGUUAUGAAGCUAAUCCUGGAGUUCCACCAGCAACUAUGAGUGGUUCCAUGAUGGGAAGCGACAUGCGUACUGAGCGCUUUGGGCAGGGAGGUGCGGGACCUGUGGGUGGACAGGGUCCUAGAGGAAUGGGGCCUGGAACUCCGGCAGGAUAUGGUAGAGGGAGAGAAGAGUAUGAAGGCCCAAACAAAAAACCCCGAUUUUAGAUGUGAUAUCUAGGCUUUCAUUCCAGUUUGUUUUUGUCUUUUCUUGUUUAGAUACCAAUCUUUUAAAUUCUUGCAUUUUAGUAAGAAAGCUACCUUUUUAUGGAUGUUAGCAGUUUAUUGACCUAAUAUUUGUAAAUGGUCUGUUUGGGCAGGUAAAAUUAUGUAAUGCAGUGUUUGAAACAGGGGAAUUUUUCUUCCUUUUUUUCCUUUUUUCCUUUUUUUUUUUAAACUGUAUAAUGUCCCUCAAGUUAUGGCAGUGUACCUUGUGCCACUGAAUUUCCAAAGUGUACCAAUUUUUUUUACUGUGCUUCAAAUAAAUAGAAAAAAAAUAGUUAUGAUAUUGAUCUUCAACUUUGCCAUUCAUGCUUCUAUAGCACAUUAGGCUAGGUAUUCCACUUGGAAAGCAUAAGAGUGUCUAGGCCUUUGAAUGGCAUAUGCCAUUUCUGGGAAAUGUAUUUGUAGGUUGAGUAUUGCUUUCUACAUAUAAGUGCCCCCCUUGUUUUAAAAAGAAGAAAUGCACAUUGAAGUAGUUCCAUGAUUUGUUGGCGUUACAGGAAGCAAGCCGGUGCUAAGUAUUUUUAAAUGGCUAUGUAAGCAAAGCUGAUGAACUGUUAAUCUUCAUUCAGGAAUGUGUACAAGAUUAUAGAAUGGGUGUAAGAUUGUUGGUAGGGGGAGAAAGUGGGUAUGACUCAAAUGGAUCUUUUAUGGCCCUAUGAUCUAGCCUUUCCUUGAAAGUUUCUGAAGAAAAAGUGGAAAUAAUCAUUUUGUUGCAUUCCUCCAUUCUUGUUUUUUAAAGAAUAAGUCCCAAGCCCUCCAAAUGGCUUGUAUUAAACUUUCACAUUUGAAUUAAAGAUUGUUAAACAUGAAGUCUUUUCAUGUAUUACUUCAAGUGAUUUAUAAAGAUGGAGUUUAGUCUGAAAAAUUAAACUUGGAAGUAAGUGGAGUAAUCAUAAAGUAGGUUUAGUUACAUAUACAUUUGUACUCUGUAACUUUUACAUCUCCUUGUGCUACUUCUGUUGGGCAAAAUCUGUAGGACUAUGAAAAACUUCAAGAGCUGGUGGUGACUCAUUAAUAACAAAUAGGCUUACAGAGAACCAUUCUUACUGUGAAAUAUUUUUUUAACCAGUUUUUUUCAUAGUUUACUUUUGAUGUAGCACUAAAUCUGGAGAGAGUUGAUCAUGCUACACAGUACAAAUACCUCUUCCACCAUAAAGCUUUGGAGUGCUUCGAUGGUGGUGUCAGUUUAUUGCCAACUUCAUUGACUCUCCUUCCAUUGGAGCCAUUUUGACUUAAUAUUAAAGUAGAUUGUUACUGUUGUCUGUAGUACAGAGGGAAUCUGCUUCCCUAGUGUAUAUAUUGUUAGCAGAGGAACAACUUCCUAAAAGUAGUAGGUAAAGUAAUUGAAUGGUUUGGCUUUGUUCUUAGUUAUGUUUCCAUUCAAAUUUGUACAUUAUAGAACUCUUACUAUGGAAUGUGUCUUCCUCCUUUUCACCUCUGUUGGUGUUAAUUGGCAAAAGUAAAAUUCUAAAUCAACUCUUUGUUAAAAUGCUGAAGGCUUAGUAUUGUGCCUGAGUACAAAGGGAUACCUUUUGCUGAAACAAUUGAGCACUUUGUGCAUAGGAAACCUGAUAAUUCUAAAAGUAAAACCCUAGUGGAGUAUAAAGGCAUGCAACCAAAUUCUGGUUGUGUGACAGACAGGUACCUGGUGUGCUAAUUAAGGGAGAAUCUAACUAGAAAAUGUUCAUUACUUUAUUCACCAAGACUCUUGGAAAUGGGUGGUUCGACCAUAAUUCUGUCAAUGAGGAAGUUUUGUCCCAAGUCAUUAAUUGGUGAUAAUGUAUGAGAUUUUUCUGUACCGUAAACAAGGGUCUUGAUUUGAAAGGAGUCCAUUACAAUUUGAUUGAAUUGUAUGGUAGGGACUCCACUAAUGAUAAGAAAAUAAGGGGUGUUCAUGGGACACCCACAGAGGGUGAACUUGAAUGUGUGUGGGUGGGGGCUGGUGGGAAAGUGGGAAAUCUGCCUAUAAAAUUAAUGUUUCAGUUUAUUUUUCAGAUUACAUGCCUUUCUUUAUAAGGGAUGCUGGCACAGACCCCUAAAAUAAGUUUUGGUAGUAUUGUACCUUUGAAGAGUGGUGAAGGAUGCUAAUGGAUAAUCUCCUGAAAGUUGUGGUUUUGAAAGCCUUAGACUGUGUAGAAUUGCUAAACAUUGUUUAGCAAAUAAUGUUGGCUUAGUUUCCACUAAGUAUUGACUUUUCAUCACUGAAACAGCAGUGUACCAAGGAUUGUAAGCUACUCAAAUAGACUUUCAACAAGUCUUGGAUAUGAUAGUUUUUAGCUUAAUGUGAAUUAAAUCAUCUUAAAAAGUAGUUUCCUAAAAGCUGAUUUAUGGAACUUGGGGUGGGAAAGGGAAGGUAGUACUUUUGAAGUAUUUUAGCCAUUUUUCUCAUUUAAAGAAAGACCUGCCCUCAUUUCCUCUUCUCUACUUUCUCUCAUAAUUUUGUUUUAAGAGGAACAGAUUGUUUUUAAACUUACCACUCCUGAUCUUUACAUUCUCUGAGAGAUCCCGGGGUAUUUAGUAGAUAUUUUAGAAACUUAACCCAUUGGCUUACCUUUAGUGAAACCAUAAUCCUCUUUGUUUAGCAAACUUCUAAGAGAAGUGCUAUAAACCACACCACUCUUUACUAGAUGUAUUAUACCACUAAUAUAAACAGAUAAUAAUUUGGGAAAUUGUAAUGUUACGCCUGUGCAAUUUUAUAAGUGGCAUAUUAUGGCAGAUAAAAAUCUAGAUACUUGGCUUUUCUUGGGCAAGCCACUAAGUUGUGGCAGAAUAUUUUCUGGUGUUCUUGGACUGCAAUUAUGCACUAUUAAAGUAGUGGCCUGCUACAUAACUGCAUUUAGCCAGCAUUUCUGCAGUGCGUAACUGUGAGGAACGUAGUACCGCAAAUGGCAAUGGACAUUAGGACCCGGAUGUAGUAUUCCUGCUUGCUCCGAGAUUCUCAUUGCCGACUGCAUACAGGUAAGAAUGAUUGAUGUUGGCUGAUACCGGAGUGUUCAUUCACUUGAGGUGGGUAAGAUAAUUGUUUUCAAGACAUCACACAGCAUGAAGUGAUCAAGAAAAGCCACAACCUGUUUAGACUGAUGAAGCUUCUAGGAUCAGGUGAACUGUGUCAUGAAAACCAGUGAGGAAGAAGGCAAAGAAGAAUAAACAGCCUGUCUUUUAAUAAAGACAUUUAAAAAGUCA